AUGUCGCUUCUCUGUUGCAGUUUUCGAUUCAUCAGACAGAUUCGAUCAUCUGUUUCAGGUGCUGCAUUUGAAAUUAAUGAAGUCACAUAUAACACAGUGGACGAAGUCUGGCUGCUUUUACUUACUGCUACUGAUAAAGGUGCCGAAUUGGCUAUGGGAUAUAUUGAGUUUCAAAAGAAAAGGAUGGCUGAAUCGAAUAUUGUUCUAAUGUUCGGCCAUUUACUCGCUGAUAUGGGUGAAUAUGGAAAAUCUCAAGAAUAUUUUGAAAGAGUUUUACAAAAAAACCCGAAUGAUGAAGAAGUGGCAUGUAUCUAUUAUAAUAUAGGCCGAAUACAUCGUCUCAAAGGCGAAUAUGAACAUGCACUACUGUAUUAUGAACGUGCAUAUCAAAGGCAUAUUACAGCAAAACCACCACGCCUGGUAUCAGCUGCAAAAACUUUAAACGGAAUAGGUGUAGUGUACAGUGAGAAAAAAGAACAUGAACAAGCAUUGCAAUAUCUAACGAAAGCAUUAAAAAUGUAUCGGAAAAAUUUACAAAAAAAACAUGCUGAUAUAGCUGGAACAUUGAAUAAUAUGGGUGAUAUUUAUUAUGACAAAGGGUUAUAUGACAAGGCGUUGAAUUAUUUCAAAGAAGCUAAUAAAAUGAACGAAAGGGUAUUACCGCGCGACCAUCCCAGUAUCGGUUUAACACUGAAUAACAUAAUAUAUCAUACAUAA